AGACGACCUAUAAAAGUAAACGCGCAUCUUUUUAUUCAGCCGUGAUUCUGCUCAGUGUCUCAGAAGAACCUUUUGGAGCUAUCAGUAUUCAAUUAUUCGUCAUCGUCAGUGACGUUCACAGGCAUUGAGCUGAAUCCCAUGCUCUGAUUUCUAUAAGCCAAAAGCAGCCCAAUCGUUCCUUUUUUCCUUUGAAUUACCAGCUCUUUCGGAAAUUCGAAGGAUCAAACGGCGACUUGGGAAGGUCACGCAAGUGACGUCAAUCCCAUUCACAGAGUCUGAGAGAUUCCGUUAAUACCCAACCAUUUACUGCUUUUCUUCUCUGUUGUGUGUAUUCUGUUUCUGCGCAUUUACCCAAAAUGAGUUCUGUCGUUCAGGGUUUCACCAAGUCUCUGGCUAUGACUGUGCUCUCUGAAAUCGGGGACAAAACAUUUUUCGCUGCUGCGAUCCUGGCUAUGCGUUACCCCAGACGGCUUGUCUUGUCAGGUUGCCUAUCGGCGUUGAUUGUUAUGACCAUUCUAUCAGCUCUUGUUGGUUGGGCUGCUCCAAAUCUGAUUUCUCGUAAAUGGGCUCAUCACAUAACAACAUUGUUGUUUUUGGGGUUUGGGCUCUGGUCCUUGAAGGAUGCGAUAUUUGAAGAAGGGGAGUCUGAAGAACUGGCUGAAGUUGAAGCAAAAUUGGAUGCUGAAUACAAGGCUAAUGGCGGAUCCACAAAAGAUAGCAACAAGGUUAAUGAUGACAUGAAAAAGCAUGAACGGCCCCUUUUCACUCAGUUUUUCUCUCCUAUAUUUUUAAAGGCAUUUUCUAUCAACUUUUUUGGUGAGUGGGGUGACAAGAGCCAGUUAGCUACCAUUGGUUUGGCUGCUGAUGAGAAUCCAUUUGGUGUGGUUCUUGGCGGCAUUAUUGGACAAGCGUUUUGCACUGCUGCUGCUGUUGUUGGAGGAAAGAGUUUGGCAUCUCAAAUAUCUGAAAAAAUAAUUGCACUCUCAGGGGGAGUUCUGUUCAUUGUAUUCGGAAUCCAGUCAUUCCUCACUCCAAUUGAAUGACGAAGGCUAUGCUAUUGCCUAUUGGUCUGCUCUUACAGAUGUUAUUGUGGGUUGGCAGCCAAAAGAAUUCGACUUAUUGCCUUAGGUAUUGUUGGGGUAAAGGUGAUUUUUUCCAAGUACCCUUUUUCAUAUAAUUUAUGGGUUAGAAUCCAAUAAACAUAGCUGGACAAGAUCUGAAUCCAUAAGUUCAGGCAAGUGUACUAUUUUUUUCUUUUUCUUUUUCUUUUUUGGGUGAAUUGUACUAUUUUCUGCUUUAAUUGCGGAACUCUACUAUUCAUUUUUGUCUUCCUCUUC